AUGGGGACCCUUCGAGCCGCACACCGGAUUUUCUUGCGACAGGCAAGAUGGAGCUCCUCAACGCCAAUCUCGAAGUUGGUCUUCGCUGAAGACGAGGGCGUCGAACCGAGCGCAUUGCGACAUAUUCACCUCGCCGGCUCUGAAUCGAACGAAUUCCCGUCGUAUGACUCUGCUUCAGAGUUUCAAAGUGCCUUACGCCAGGCCUUCCUCGACUGGAAAUCGGCCCCGGACUCCCGCGCUCCGUCACCACUCGUCGUAUCUUUCACUCCGGCACCAACGUAUACGCUCGGCCGCCGCCAAAAGACUUUACUACCCGAGCAACUGGACCGACUCCAACAGCCUUUGACUAUCAUCGACGAGAAGAAGGCUAAGGCAGGGGAACAAAACGGCGGAACAGGUCUACGAGAGCAGCAGUUCACGCCCAAAGUCAUUGAGACAGAUCGCGGUGGAUUGACAACAUAUCACGGGCCUGGGCAGGUAGUUCUGUGGCCGAUAUUGGACUUGCACAGUAGAUACUAUCCCCAUUUGACCGUCCGAUCCUACGCGCGACUUCUAGAGGAGACGACGCAAGCGAUCCUCGCCGAUGGACCCGGGAUCCAGACUUACCUCUCCGAGGACGAGCCGGGGGUAUGGGCUGAAUCGGCAAGGCAGCGGACAGGAGGACAGGAACGCAAGAUUGCAGCCAUGGGCGUUCACCUCCGCCGUCACAUCUCGGGGCUCGGCACGGCGCUGAACGUCGACGUUGUCGUCGACGGUGACGAGGCAUUGAAUCCUUGGGCGAGGUUCGUGCCGUGCGGACUCGAAGGUAAAACCGCCACCAGUGUACGAGCCGAAGUGGGAGAGGUUCACUGGAGGCAAUUGAGUCUCGCUGGCGAUGGCAAGGCGAAGAGAGAAUGGUAUGCUCGCCGGUGGGCUGAGGAGCUUGCAAAGCGCCUUGGGGUCGGCAUUGCGCCGACGACAGUACAUCAACGACUUGGAUGA